CGCUUAGUAACACACAAGCAAGCAUCUAGGUUUAUUUUUAAUAUACCGGUGGCAACACAAAAAAAAUAUGGCAAACGUCAUUCUCACGGAGGAUACAUUUGGAAAGAUAACCGAUGGAAAAGGGAGAACGCAAACUGUAAGACGAUUUACAUGGCAGAAUAAGAAUAAUGUAAGCGCCCAAGUGAUCAACUAUGGAGGAUAUAUAACAUCAAUCAAAGUACCCGGUUAUAACAAAGAGGUGGAUGAUAUUACAAUUGGUUUUAAUAAUAUUGAGGGUUACCUCAAACCAGAAAACAGAUAUUUCGGUGCUACUAUAGGCAGAGUAGCCAACAGAAUUGGUAAAGCUCAGAUGACAGUUGAAGGAGUGAAAUAUAAUUUAGCAGCUAAUAACGGUCCAAACCACUUGCAUGGAGGUAUUGUUGGUUUCGAUAAGGUAUUUUGGGAAGCUUCUGUAAAGGAUACCAAACUCACUCUCAGUUACCACGCUGCAGAUCUAGAAGAGAAUUACCCAGGGGAUGUUAUCGCCAACGUUACUUUCGAACUAACAAAUGAAAACGAAUUCCGUAUCGACUAUAAAGCAGUGACUACAAAGCCAUGUCCCAUAAACUUCACCAAUCACACGUAUUUUAAUCUUGCUGGCAAUGGCACAGGUGCCACCGAACUAUACAAACAUGUAGUAAGUUUAAAUGCUGAUAAGAUAACUGAGGUCGUAGAGGGCAUACCGACAGGUAAACUGCCAUGCGUUCAAAACACUGUCUUUGACUUACGGAUACCAAAAGUGUUGGGAGAUGUCAUACAUAAAGUUCCAAACGCUCCAGGUUUUGAUCACAACUUCUGCAUAACGAGAGGAUCUGAACAAGAAAAUGCCUUUGUAGCUAGCGUUUACCAUCCAAACAGCGGUAGAAUAAUGGAAGUUUACAGUAACCAACCAGGAGUACAGUUUUAUACCAGCAAUUUUCUAGCAGAAGGUAAUACUCUUAAAGGAAAGGAUGGAUUUAUCAAAAAACACGGAGCCCUCUGUCUUGAAACUCAAAAGUAUCCUGAUUCUGUAAAUCACGCACACUUCCCCAACACAGUAAUAUAUCCAGGAGAACAAUAUCAUCAUUCAGUAAUUUUUAAAUUUUCUGUCGAUGAGGAAAACAAAUUAUAUUAAUUAUCUACAAUGCAGAGAAUAUAUUUGGCUGUACAUAGAAUGCACUGCAAUGAUUUAUGAUAUAAAUGAAAUAUACAAACCAAAAACAUACAAAAUAAAUAAAUUUUGAA